CUUCCCUUCAUCGUGCCCACCAUUGUCAAGAGCUCGCAACUAUCUACACCAAUCCAAGUAAAAGAAAAAGCGAGGGCGGCGCCACCCGUUACCUAUCACCGGCUGCCAAAAUAGAUUCCGAUCGCAAGCGGAAGAAAUCGGCUUAUUCGAUCUCCUCUGCAGAUCGAACUGCGAAGGAAAAGCGUAGCAGCAGCAAGAAAAACAAGAUGUCCUCUUCGGCGGCCACCGGUCAGGUUAGGGCAUCGCACAUACUCAUAAAGCACCAAGGUUCUCGGCGUCCUGCUUCGUGGAAGGAUCCCGAAGGCAGAAUUAUCAAGAAUACCACUCGUGAUAGCGCCGUCUCUCAGCUUACUGCCAUUCGAGACGACAUCAUUUCCGGCAAGUUCAAGUUUGAGGAUAUUGCCUCUCGCAUCUCUGACUGUAGCUCUGCCAAGCGUGGCGGCGAUCUAGGUCCUUUUGGGCGUGGCCAGAUGCAGAAGCCUUUUGAAGAAGCAACCUUUGCCCUCAAGGUCGGAGAAGUAAGCGACAUUGUUGAUACUGACAGUGGAGUUCACAUCAUCAAGCGCACUGCUUAAACUUGUCUCAUAAUCUGGUGGCUCUACUUAUGAAGCAUUUAAUCCAUUUGGCCUUCGGUCAAAUUGUAGUUGAUCAAGUAGGAUUUGUUCUGCUCCAAGGCCAUAAGAAUUUCUUAAUAUAAUACUCUAUCGAUCAUUCAUGUUGUGAUUUGGCUAUAGCUACUCUGUUUCAGUGACACUAAGAUUUUUCUGAAGUUCAAUGCUUUUAUGCCAUUGAAUUUUUCCCUUUGUAGACGUGACAACAUCAACAUUCAACUGGUUGUGGUUUGAAUUCUUCGUGUCUAUUAGUGCUCUAUAUAUGUUUUUUUUUUGUUCAACAACAUUUUUAGUUUUAGUUUUAGUUCACGAUAGAAAAUAUUUUGUUAAUAUGUUUUUACAA